AUGUUCCAGUUCGUUCUUGCUGCUCUCCUGCAGCUCUCGCUGGGCUUGCUGGUUGAGGCAGCUCCCGUCAGCGCGCAAGGUACCAACUGGCAAGGCCCGACCGGAGGUGGCAUUGUUGGUUUCAUUGUCCUGAUUCUCGACAUCAUUGCUUGGGUCGAGAUCGUCAAGUCAAACCGCCCGCCGCUCAACAAGGUCAUCUGGUGUCUGGUCGUCUUCCUCUUCCCGCUCGUCGGCAUGCUCAUCUACUACCUCUUCUCCAACCGCGCUGCCCACAACGACAGCGGAUACGAGGCUAUUCCUUCAUAG